CUUUCUUUCCUUCUUUCCUUCUCUCUCUGUCUGUCUGUCUCUCUGAAGCCUAAACAAAUUAAUCCCCAAACUGAAAGACGGGACUCAAUGAAGCCAAACUGCUCUCAGAGGAAUGAGAGAGACAUUCCGAGUUUGCUGAGGGUGAUUUCAUGCAUUCGCCUAAGCUGAAAAUCUACAACCGAAAAGAAAUUCCGCCUUCAUCCGUCCAUUGUCUGCAUCCCAGGAUUAGUCAUUGGGAACCGAUCCUAGGAUCAAUUUAAGCUGCAACCUCAGCAUGGCCUCUAUUGACCCCUAUCAGCACAUAAUAGUAGAGCACCAAGUAUCUCACAGACUGAAAGUCACCAUUCUACGAGCUGAAAAUGUAACAAAGGGGACGUUCGGAGAUAUGCUUGACACUCCCGACCCUUAUGUGGAGAUAUUCAUUGCCACAUCACCAGAGGGACGGAAACGGACAAAGUACCUCAACAAUAUUGUGAACCCAGAAUGGAACGAGACGUUCGAGUUCAUUCUGGACCCAAACGAGAGAAACAUUAUGGAGAUUACCCUCUUGGAUGCAAACUACGUGAUGGAUGAAACCUUGGGGACAACAUCCUUCAAUAUUGCGCAGAGCAUCAAAGCAGGAGAACACAAGGAAGUGACGUUUCUCUUCAAUGAAGUGACGACUGUGUUUCUGGACAUGCACUUGGAAGUCUGUUCUUCAUCAGACCUGAGGUUCAGCAUGGCACUGUGCGAUGAGGAGAAGACCUUCAGGCAGAAGAGGAGAGAAGAGGUCUUGGAAGGAAUUAAAAAGCUCCUCGGCCCAAACAAUUCUGCUGCAGCACCACAUUCAGUUCGUGAGGUACCAACAAUAGCUAUUUUGGGUUCUGGAGGUGGCUUUCGAGCAAUGGUUGGGUUUUCUGGUGUUAUAAAGGCCUUGGAAGAGUCUGGAGUUUUUGACUGUGCCACAUAUAUUGCUGGACUGUCUGGCUCCACUUGGUACAUGUCCACCUUGUACUCUCACCCUGACUUCCCAAACAAGAGCCCCGGAGAGAUUAAUGAGGAGCUGAUGGAAAGUGUUAGUCACAGUCCCAUGUUCCUGCUGACGCCACAGAAGAUCAAAAGCUACGUCGAAGAAUUGUGGAAAAAGAAACACUUGGGGCAGCCUGUCACCUUCACUGAUGUCUUUGGAAUGCUCAUUGGCGAAACACUGGUUCACAACAGAAUGAAUUUCAAGCUGAGUGAGAUGAAGGAAAAAAUCAGUGAUGGUCAGUGCCCAUUGCCGUUGUUCACCUGUCUACAUGUCAAGCCAGAUGUCUCGGAGCUCAUGUUUGCAGACUGGGUGGAGUUCAGCCCGUACGAGAUUGGAAUGGCAAAGUAUGGAACCUUCAUGCACCCAGGACUCUUCGGCAGCAAGUUCUUCAUGGGCUCAGUGGUGAAGAAAUAUGAAGAGAAUCCUCUCCACUUCUUAAUGGGAGUCUGGGGUAGCGCCUUUUCCAUUUUAUUCAACCGAGUGCUCGGAGUUUCAUCAUUGACCAACAACCAGGCAUCCACCAUGGAAGAAGAGCUAGCACAAAUUCAGCCCAAGCACUUAAUUGGGAACGACAGCUCAGACAGCGACGACGAAUCACAUCCCAAAGGAGAGCGACUGGGCAGUGAGGCGUGUGACGUGGAAGAUCAGCCUCAGGAGAACAGCCUGAACAGCUGGGUGCAGCGCAUGCUCAUGGCCAUGCUUGGCGACAGCACUCUUUUCAACACGCGGGAAGGCCGGGCUGGCAAGGUGCACAACUUCAUGCUGGGGCUCAACCUGAACACCUCCUACCCGCUCUCCCCUCUCUGCAGCCUCAUGUACCAAGAGAUGCAGGAGGACGAUGAGGUUGAUGCCGCAGUCACGGAUCCAGAUGAGUUUGACAGGAUUUACGAACCGCUGGAUGUGAAAAGCAAGAAGAUCCACGUGGUUGACAGUGGGCUGACCUUUAACCUGCCCUACCCUCUGAUCCUGAGACCCCAGAGGGCCAUCGACCUUAUCAUCUCCUUCGAUUUCUCUGCCAGGCCAAGCGACUCCAGCCCACCUUUUAAGGAGCUCUUGCUUGCUGAGAAAUGGGCAAAAAUGAACAAGCUGCCAUUUCCCAAGAUUGAUGCCAAUGUGUUCGACCGAGAGGGGCUGAAAGAGUGCUACAUCUUCAAGCCCAAAAACCCAUUUACCGAGAAGGACUGCCCAACUAUCAUCCACUUUGUACUGGCAAACAUCGAUUUCAGGCACUACAAGGCUCCAGGUGUGAAGCGAGAGACUGAGGAAGAAAAGGAGAGCGAUGACUUUGACAUCUUUGAUGACCCUGAAUCCCCAUAUUCCACUUUCAACUUCAAAUAUUCCAACAAGGCGUUUUUGCAGCUUCACGACCUAAUGGAAUUCAACACACUUAACAAUAUUGAGCUGAUCAAACAGGCUAUCAUCGACAGUAUCAAGUACAGAAAGCUGAAUCCAUCUCGCUGCUCAGUAUCGCUCAGUGAUGUGGAGUACAGGCGAUUGAAGAAAUCACUGAGCUUUGAUGGACUUCAGUCCAGGAGGAAACGACAUGCUGGAGAGGACCGGCAGAAACAGUUGUAGACGGGAGUGGCGGCCUCGAGAAGAGAUGGACAUUUCCAAACUCUAGACAGAAGCAGCUCCCUUUAGGAGACGUAGGUUGUACUAUUGGGUAGGUUAGGGUGUGUGUAGGGUAGAGUAGGAUAGCACCUUAAACGAAAGGCUGCGUUUGGCUGCCAAGCGUAGAUUGUGCCCUAAGUUAAAGGCAACUCCCUUCUCCCGAAGCCCCCAGCACAAAGACAGAGAGAGAAAGAUAGGGAUGCUUAUGUCACAGUCAUUUAUCUUUCCCCACAUCCUGCACUAACCAACCCUGGUCGUAUAUAGACUCUUCCUCUCUAUCCUUUUUCCCCCUUCAGUCACACCAGUACAGGCCCCGUAAUAACUGAGGAGAAGAAUAACAGCUGAAGAUGCUCUUUUAAUGGUCUCUUUCCCAUUCUCCAUUCUUUCUAGCCAUUUGCUCACCAAUUCUGCUCUGAACCCCACCAGUCAGUCAGUGAUGGAUAACAAAGGCCCAGUGAUAUCUGCCACAUUGAUUUGCUUCCAAACCUUUUCACCCCUUCCUCAGUGUGUCAGCGUGGCUCAGUUACUACCGCUCUCUCAGCUCUCGAUCAGAAGAUUCAUCCACCCCCACCCCCCCAAUCAGGGCUUGAGAUCAUAAUCUAAUCCAAUGCAUAGUCUAAUGAUGGAGCACUGCAAUUUGAGUUGCCGCUGAGACAUUGAAACCAUCAGCAGAUGUGAAGGGCCAAUUUGAAAAUAGAAGGGACUUUCCUCUAGUGUCUGGGCUAACAACACAUCAGAUCAAUUAUUUGCUUAAUAUUUGCAAAUAUUUACCUUCUUAUUUGCAAAGUGGCUGCUGAGUUUGCCUAUAAAUACACGGAAAUGAUAGCAAUUCCCCGUGAAGUAUUCUGAGAUGGUUUCAAUGCUGUUGAAAGUCUACCAAACUAUUGUUGGACAAUCCUGACGUCAUAGUGGGGAAGUGCCCAUCCUCCAUUCUUAGGAGCUCAGCGUUAUGGGGAAUGGUGAGUGUGAGGACCUAUCCCAGUGAGGACCUAUCCCAGCACCACUGAGCAAACCAGUGAUUGAAUUUAAAGUACAACUUUCUGAACAGGAUUUCCUAUUCAUGCUUUAUUUAUUAAGAGAUAAAUGAUAGCUGAUUAAACUGAGCUGUGUGUUGAGAAUUGGGAUUAAUGCAGGGCCAGUUAUGUGUGUGUGUUUGUGAUGGGGGGAGCAUCAGGCUACUUGGUUUGUUGGAGGAAGGGAAAGUGCCAAUCUGUUCUUGUAAAUGACUGACACAUUUUCUCCAGUGGAUAAAUUGUUAACCUUUGCUCCAUAGAACUGGAGUAUAAUAUUUGUAACACCUACAUUUGUCUUUAUCAGAAAUAUGAGGUAAAGUAACUGUAGAAUAUUGUUUUGUAUCACAGAAAAUGGCGAAUAUUAAUAAUUUUUUGUGCUUCAA